UGUAAACAAAAACCAGCAGACGGCAUAAAACAGAAACCAUCAGCGCCGUGGUUACAAAAUUCAAAUUUCUCUUGGAUUUCAGUCGCCGUUGCAGCAUUUUAUACGUGAAUCGAACACGAUGGAGGCAGGCCACUGUCGGACCUGUUCGGGCAGUGAAAAUUUCCGACCGUUUUCCUUGUAUGCGGUGGCAGAAGUGACCCAGGAAGUGAUCGCCAAUAUGCUACUGGACGUGAUCGGCGUACAGGUUUCAGCGGAAGAUGGCUUGCCACAGCACAUCUGCUCUGAUUGUUUGAUAGCACUCAGCUUGGCUUAUUCAUUUCGAAAGCAGUGUUAUCGUGCGGAUGCAAAAUUCCGCGAAAAUUGCGAAAAGUUACCAGCAUUUUCAACGGUUGAUAAGCUACAUCAGCAACAUCAAGCACACGAUGAUAGCCUAUUCAACGGCAUAGUCCCUAAAGAAGAGGUGGACAUUGACGACUAUGGGUUGGGUAGGUAUGCCAUCAGUUUAUCUGCUCAUCAGUAUCCAUUGACAAGUCAGGAUGUUCAAUUCACAGAUGAUGGGUCAAUUUCUGCGGGACAUAACUCCAGUGAACGGUGUGGGGAUGAGAUGGAACCUACGGAAUUUGUCAAUGUAAGAGAUGCAGCAUCAGACCACGAUAGCAACAGUAUGGUACAACCAAUGAACAAUGAUGAACCGGAAAUGGAUGGCUGUUUUCAAGAACAAAAUUAUUUGCCAGAUUCAGCACAACGGUUUAAUCAAAGCUUCAAUCGUCAGGCAAUGCAUACAGUGGUGGCACUGCCAAACCGCUAUUCAGCAUCACAAAGUUGUGGUCUACCAAAAGCCGUAUUAGGACAUUUGCCGCGAAGCCAGUGGACGGCACAAACCUUGAUAAACAGAUCCAAAAAAGGCAGGCUCAUUGUGGAAGCAUUCGCGUCAACCAAUAUCCUACCAAGGAAGGACCGUGUCUUCAUCACCCAUCUGAUCGUCGACCAGUUUAUAGAUGAAUUCGGAAAGCUGACACGGGAGGAACUUAUGCUUCGUGCCGCAGAGUUGAAGUGCAUUUUCCCGACCAUCGAAAAGCACAUCUGGUACCAACCCACUUUUUAUCGUGACGAAAAUGGAAAGAAGAUCAAAUUAGGACGAAUAGCAAGGGGUUGCUUGCAUGAUCGGAAUCAUAACUACAGCCAUACAUCCGGUCUGGGCACGAAGUUCAAAGCCAACGAGCAAUCUUCACCAAGCCCAUCUCGAUCGUUUGUAGAUGAUGCCGUCACAGAAAACGAAGUAACAGCAUACCAGGAAACGAAACGCUGGUUUCGGUGCCAUCAAGGCCAAUGGGAUGACAUCAAAGAGCGAUGGAAAGCAACUAGUGCCGUUCGUUUGCAUGAAAUCAGCAAAUUAAAUGGAAUCACUUACCAGCACUUACUUGACGAGUAUCCGGUGCUAACGAACAACAGCGGCUAUCAGUUGGUGGAACAGGAUUUCAACUUCAGGUAUCCGGAUAAAUCUUCUGAUCUACUGGGCAGGAAAUUUGUGCAUCUUCGUGAUCGUGUUAAAGUUCUGUUUGACAACGAGAUACCAGCACAAGGAAAACCGCUUUUGUCUUUGCUACAUCGAGAACUAACGGAAGAUUCACGAAAUACCAUCACCGCGUUCCUACUAUUCUUCUUUUGGCCUUGUACAUCUAUACGCCUAUCCAAUGGAACAAAGUGGAGACCGUCAGUGCAGGACAGUCGUGAUAGUUCCAUCUUGCAUCUGAAAUCGCUCACAAAUUAUGAAACAACACUUUCGAAACUGCCCCAUCGGAAUCAACUGAGAGACUUCCCAGAUUGCCCGAUCAUAAUCGUAAUCGGAUCUGCCAUCGAACGUGUCGAUCGGUUCUUCGUGCGAUACCAGAACGUCGUCAUUUACGAAACGGAAUCAUUCCUGAAAGCACUUGAAAUCGCACUCAAAAUCUAUAAAACAUACGACAUAAGUUUUCCGAUUGGCGCGGCUGGCUUUUGGAACUUUCUAGCACAUAUGUUGUUUGAUUUUGAACCUCCCGAGGACGCAAACAAGGCGAGAAUUUUAACGCUGGCUGCCACGCUACGGACGCAACAGCCAGCAUAAUGGUUCUGCGAGUUGCGGUGGAAGUUGUGGUUGGGACUCUAAAAAAUUCCGAAACAAAUGGAAACCUAAUUCGUAAGUUUAUAAGUGAUUCGAUUGUUUCAGUGUAUAAGUGUGUGGAAGAGUAAAUGUUUUUCGGUGUUCAGUCUUCGUAGUGUGGAAUUGAUAGCAUAAAUAAAUUAGUAAAGACUUAACAGCCAUUCAAUACAUUUUUUUC